GAAACCUGAAGAGCGAUCCGUCUCGCCGCGAUCCUCCGGCAAUCCAUCGGCGCUCUUUCUCCGGCAAUCGUACUCCGGAGAGGUGUCUGAGAGGGAAAAACUUAGGGCGUUAUCGGUUAGGCGAUUUCGGCGACAUUAUGGAAAGUCACGGUUCCGGAUUCCGCCGCGUUCUCGUCCUAGCUUUCUGCGUCGCCGGCAUUUGGUCUGCGUAUAUCUAUCAAGGCGUUCUCCAGGAGACUGUAUCAACGAAGCAAUUUGGUCCGGACAAAAAGAGGUUUGAACAUUUGGCUUUCUUGAACCUGGCGCAGAAUGUGGUUUGCCUGAUAUGGUCUUUCUUGAUGAUACAGAUUUGGUCUAAUGGGGGCAGUGGUGGUGCUCCCUGGUGGAGCUACUGGAGUGCUGGCAUUACAAAUACUAUUGGUCCUGCUAUGGGGAUUGAAGCCCUAAAAUACAUCAGCUACCCUGCACAGGUUUUGGCAAAAUCUUCAAAAAUGAUUCCUGUGAUGCUAAUGGGUACUCUCGUUUACGGCAUAAGAUAUACCAUUCCUGAGUAUGUCUGUACACUACUUGUGGCUGGUGGAGUUUCCACUUUUGCACUUUCAAAGACUAGCUCAAAAACUAUAAGCAAGCUGGCACAUCCAAAUGCUCCACUUGGAUAUGGACUGUGUUUUUUGAAUCUUGCAUUUGAUGGUUUCACCAAUGCUACUCAGGAUUCCAUUGCACUAAGAUACCCCAAGACGAGCGCAUGGGAUAUAAUGCUGGGGAUGAAUUUAUGGGGCACCAUAUACAACAUGGUCUUCAUGUUCGGUUGGUCCAACGCCAGCGGAUACGAGGCGGUCCAGUUCUGCAGGCAGCACCCAGAGGCGGCAUGGGACAUUCUCAUGUACUGUUUGUGCGGCGCCGUGGGACAGAACUUCAUUUUCCUGACCAUUAGCCGGUUCGGUUCUCUGACAAACACGACCAUAACCACGACCCGCAAGUUUGUGAGCAUCGUCGUCUCCUCGUUGCUGAGCGGGAACCCGCUCUCCGGGAAACAGUGGUCGAGCGUCGCGAUGGUCUUCUCGGGUUUGUCGUACCAAAUUUACUUGAAGUGGAUGAGACGACAGAAGUUGCAAAAGAAACGUAAGUCGACUUGAUUUUCUUUCCUUCUGUUAGCUACUAUAGAGAGAGAGGAGGGGGGGGGGGAGUCUGCCACUGAGAAUAUGUAGUCUAUAAUAUCUGAUUCAUAGAAGUUCUUUUAGGCUUUUUUUUUCUUGUGUUAUUGAUGAAGAAGUCUUGUGAUGCUUUUUGUAUUAGAAAAUCAAAGAAACCAAACAUUUGACUUUCAUUGUUGUGGAAUUGAAGUGAUCUUGUU